AUUCGUUCCCAAUAGAUGUCUCUUCGCAGAUUUUUUUCUGCUGAUUUCGCUUGUAAUCAGAAGGAACGUAACCUCAAAGGGGCUCCGGCGAUCAGGAGUAUCAGACUGUCAACGUCAAACGUCGCGAAUAACGAACGUCGAAGGCGUGAAGGUGUGAACAAAUAGGAUUUAACAAGAGCGAAGAUGCCGGAUCAUCUAGGAGAAGAUAUGCGAAAGGUGAAGAAUGAGGAGGAGAAGGAAGAGAAGGAGAUAAAAUCACUGGAUGAAGGCGACAUCGCUUUAUUGAAGACUUAUGGCCAAGGACAAUAUACGAAGAGUAUUAAGGCUAUCGAGGAGGACAUCCAAACAAUUAUCAAACGUGUGAACGAGUUAACCGGGAUCAAGGAGUCCGAUACUGGCCUGGCACCACCCGCACUCUGGGACUUGGCGGCCGACAAGCAAACUCUGCAAAAUGAGCAACCUCUGCAAGUGGCGCGCUGUACCAAAAUCAUAAAUGCGGAUUCGGACGAUCCGAAGUAUAUAAUAAACGUGAAGCAGUUUGCGAAGUUCGUAGUCGACUUGGCAGAUUCUGUAGCGCCGACGGACAUAGAGGAGGGCAUGAGAGUGGGAGUGGAUCGCAACAAGUAUCAAAUUCAUAUCCCUCUGCCAUCCAAAAUCGAUCCCACUGUGACGAUGAUGCAAGUGGAGGAGAAACCUGAUGUCACCUACAGCGACGUUGGUGGCUGCAAAGAGCAAAUCGAGAAAUUGAGAGAAGUCGUCGAGACGCCAUUGUUGCACCCGGAGAAGUUUGUCAACCUUGGUAUCGAGCCGCCAAAAGGUGUUUUGUUGUUUGGACCCCCAGGUACAGGAAAGACUUUAUGCGCCAGGGCGGUGGCUAACAGGACAGAUGCCUGCUUCAUUCGUGUCAUUGGUUCAGAAUUAGUUCAAAAAUAUGUUGGUGAGGGUGCUAGAAUGGUGAGAGAACUAUUCGAGAUGGCGCGAAGUAAAAAGGCCUGUUUGAUCUUCUUCGACGAAAUCGACGCCAUCGGCGGUGCCCGUUUCGAUGAUGGUGCCGGCGGUGAUAACGAAGUCCAACGUACCAUGUUGGAAUUAAUAAAUCAAUUAGAUGGAUUUGAUCCGCGAGGUAAUAUAAAGGUUCUAAUGGCAACGAAUAGGCCAGACACGUUGGAUCCCGCGCUAAUGCGACCGGGUCGUCUGGAUAGAAAGAUAGAAUUUGGACUGCCGGAUCUUGAGGGACGCACGCAUAUUUUCAAGAUUCAUGCGCGCUCGAUGAGCGUCGAGAGGGACAUCAGAUUCGAGUUGCUCGCUCGUUUGUGUCCCAACAGCACGGGCGCUGAAAUACGAUCGGUCUGUACCGAGGCUGGUAUGUUCGCGAUCCGUGCACGACGCAAGGUUGCCACAGAGAAGGACUUCCUCGAGGCGGUUAACAAGGUCAUCAAAUCGUACGCCAAGUUCUCUGCAACGCCAAAAUACAUGACCUACAAUUAGAAGAUCGCAUUUGCAGUUUGUUUAAUUUUCGUGUUCGAUAAGUUAUUAUCAGCGCGUCGCAUAAAUCCGGUAAUUAUUUCUAUUGCUGUAUCUAAUUAGUCAAGAAGCAACUUUAUUCUCAAGUAGAACAUAAUAAACGUUGUUUUUUGACAAA